CUCUCUCUCAUCACCGGCUCAGCAAAAGAUGGAUCAAUCGAUACAUUGACGGGAGAGGGAGAGGGAGAGGGAGAGAGAGAGUGGUGUUUGUGGUUCGGUCCUGGACAAGCGUCUUCGUGGAGGAGUCAGGGAACAACAACUAUGUUUAGAGAGAGAGAGCGCAAAAUGGGGCAGAAGAAGAGGAGAUCGUCGUUGCUAUGUGGAAGAGUCAGUGACGGUGGCGGAGGCGGUGUGGUUGAUGUAGAAGUUAUGUCUAGGGACGAUGGCAGUCAGUACAGCCUCAGCGCCGGGAUUUUACCCUCUCUUGGCGCCACCGCUCGUAGUAAUCGUACAGUCCUUUCUCGCCCCUACAUUGUCUCCCCCUUCGAUCCCCGUUACAGAAUUUGGGAUACAUUUUUGGUCCUUUUAGUUUUCUACACAGCAUGGGUGUGUCCGUUUGAAUUUGGAUUCCUCAAAGCACCAAAGGGACCUUUGUCCAUAACUGAUAAUGUGGUCAAUGGAUUUUUUGCCAUUGACAUUGUUUUGACCUUCUUUGUUGCAUACCUCGAUAAAACUAGUUAUCUCUUGGUCGAGGAUCAUAAAAAAAUUGCUUUAAGGUAUGCCAGAACCUGGUUGGCUUUUGAUGUUAUCUCCACUAUCCCAUCUGAACUUGCUCGAAGAAUACUGCCCCAUUUUCUUCAGCCUUAUGGAUAUUUCAAUAUGCUUCGUCUCUGGCGUCUUCGGCGAGUCAGCAAAUUUUUCUCCAGAUUGGAAAAGGAUAGGAACUACAGCUACUUUUGGGUUCGAUGUUCAAAGCUUAUAUGUGUUACUCUUUUUACUGUUCAUUUUGCUGCCUGCUUCUGCUACUUUCUUGCCGAUAAUUAUCAUGACCCAAAAAGCACAUUUAUGGCGCUUUCCAAGGAAAACUUUGAAGAUCAGAGUUUGUGGGCCCGCUAUGUGACAUCUAUUUACUGGUCUAUAAGCACGCUCACAACCACUGGAUAUGGUGAUCUCCAUCCUGUAAAUACUAGGGAGAUGGCGUUUGUCACCGUCUUUAUGUUGUUCAAUCUUGGACUGACAGCGUAUUUGAUUGGAAAUAUGACAAACCUGGUAGUUCAUGCUACUAGUCGAACGAGGAAAUUUAGAGACACUAUCCAAGCUGCUUCCAGUUUCGCACAAAGGAACCAACUACCUGUGCGUCUGCAAGAUCAAAUGAUUGCUCAUUUGUGUUUAAAGUACAGAACUGACUCAGAGGGUCUACAGCAGCAAGAGACCGUUGAUACUCUUCCUAAAGCUAUCCGCUCAAGCAUUUCACAUUAUCUCUUCUAUUCCCUCGUUGAUAAGGUGUACUUGUUUCGUGGAGUGUCAAAUGACUUGCUGUUCCAAAUGGUCUCAGAGAUGAAGGCUGAAUAUUUUCCUCCAAAAGAAGAUGUGAUUUUGCAGAAUGAAACACCCUCGGACUUGUACAUAUUGGUUACUGGUGCUGUGGAACUUAUUGUGCAGAAGAAUGGCAUGGAAGAAGUUGUUUGUGAGGCAAAGACUGGAGAUGUUGUGGGUGAGGUAGGGGUUCUGUGUUACACGCCACGGUUAUUCACGGUUCGGACCAAAAGAUUAAGUCAGCUGCUGCGUCUGAGCCGUACUGCUUUUCUCAACAUUGUUCGGUCAAAUGUUGGAGAUGGGACAAUAAUCAUGAACAAUCUACUUCAGCAUCUGAAACAAUCAAAUGAUCCCGUGAUGGAAGGAAUUUUGGCGCACACAGAGUACAUGCUGGCUCAUGGCAGAAUGGACGUGCCUCUCAGUUUGUGCUUUGCAGCUAUGAGAGGCGACGAUUUAUUGUUGCAUCAGUUGCUUAGACGGGGUUCAGAUCCAAAUGAAUUGGAUAAAAACGGGAGAACAGCACUGCAUAUUGCGGCCUCCAGAGGAAGUGAACAUUGUAUUGUUCUACUUCUGGAAUAUGGAACAGAUCCAAACAGCAGAGAUUCAGAAGGUAAUGUUCCUUUAUGGGAGGCAAUAAUGGGGAGGCAUGAAUCUGCCAUUAAACUUCUUCUAAACAAUGGGGCAACAAUUACUUCGGGUGAUGUGGGUCACUUUGCGACAACUGCUGUUGAGCAAAACAACUUAGAUUUGCUCAAGGACAUUGUCAAUUAUGGAGGGGAUGUAACACUGCCUACGACAAGUGGAACUACAGCACUUCAUACGGCAAUUAGUGAUGGAAACCCUGAAAUAGUUAAGUUCCUUUUAGACCAAGGCGCUGACAUUGAUAAACCAGAUAUCCAUGGAUGGACACCAAGGGCUUUGGCAGAUCAUCAGGGCCAUGAAGACAUUCAAAAUAUGUUCGGAACUGGACAAGAGAGAAAAGAACCUCCAGCUGUCACAAUCCCCAACCAGCAUGGAGUGCCAUAUCUUGGAAAGCGCCUUGCCAAGUACAGUAGCGAGCCCACGAUACCGCCAUAUUCCCACGACUUCAUGCCAGCUGUUCGUGAAGUGACUUGGUCUGAUGCACACCAGAGACAACCAGCUAAUUGUUUCAGCAAUUCUCUCUUUGGGAUCAUGUCAGCUGCCAAUGCCGAUGGAAAGGAAUCCGCUGCAUCUGCUUGUGGCUUUGCCGGUUUUCCGAGUUUGAGUGGCUAUUCAGCUAGAGUGAUUCUCACUUGCCCUGAAAAAGAUGAAGCUGCAAGAAAGCUUGUUCUAUUACCCAAGUCAAUUCAAGAAUUACUUGAUAUCGGUGCCAAAAAAUUUGGAGUAACUCCUACGAAAAUUUUAAGUAAGGUAGGAGCUGAAAUUGAUGAUAUAGAGCUCAUUAGAGAUGGUGAUGAACUAGUUCUCCUUGGUGAUAAUGGAAAAUAAAAGUAUGAGACACUUGGAUUCCUUCUUGAGGGAGUACCAAAAGGUGGGGAUAUUCUUUGUUCUACAAGAUAUUGAAUUGCAUAAAUACACGUCUAUAGAUAUACAUACAUUCUUUUGAAUGAGUGUAGUAAAUGGUGGAGAAAAUGAAGAGGGCGUCAUAGGUAUAAACAAUUGCGAGUUAACAUAGUUACAUAGAAAGCAAGAAAUAGUGAAAAGCUGUAUAUUUCUGUGUUGUGUUUUAUGUACAGACACCACAAGGAAAAACAGUAUUAUUUCAUUUUUUAAAA